CAGGCAAGUUGUGGGGAAAAAUGAAUGCCAUCCAGGUGAUUUCCCUCACUUUGCUGUCCAUUGUGGCAGCCGGUGCUCAGUCUAUAAAACCAGGGAGAUGCCCCGUGCCUGCCGUCCAGGAGAAAUUUGAUGCUGCAAGGUAUCUUGGUAAAUGGCAUGAGAUCCAGAAACUGUCGAACAGCUUCCAGAAGGGUCAGUGCAGCACUGCCACCUACAGCCUGCAAAGCCCAGGAGUCGUUGGUGUCCUCAACAAGGAGCUGCUUCCUGACGGUACCAUUGACAGCAUCAACGGCACUGCCAAGGCUGCAAGUUCAUCUGAGCCUGCCAAGCUGCUGGUCACCUUCUUUGAGAACACUCCCCCUUCCCCGUACUGGGUUCUGUCCACCGACUACGACAACUUCGCCCUGGUCUACAGCUGUACUGAAAUCGAAUCGUUACAUGGGGAGUUCAUCUGGAUCCUGAGCAGAAAUCCCAGCCUUCCUAAGGAAACCCUGGAGGAGCUGCAGAGCAUCCUGUCCUCUUUUGGAGCCAGUGUGGAGAAGCUGCUUGACACCAAUCAGGACAGAGAUUACUGCAGAGUCAUGCACGAGUAAACAUGUGCUGUGGUUAUCAGUGAAUGU